GAAAAAUUCCAGAUAUUUAUACCUCCAAAAACAAGCCCUAUAUAUAUAGCUAUAAAGCUUGUCAGAUUUGUAACUUCAAAUAAUUGUUCCAUAGCUAUGUCUGAAUCAGAAAUAUAUUCAAGUUUAGGAUUAUAUGAAUCUAGGGGAAGAGUUUCAGGAAUUCCUCGGGUGUUGGUGCUUCUUGCAUCUGUUCUUGAGAGAUGUAUUCAAAAGAAUGAAAGAUUUUUAGAUGGAUCAAGAAAGAAAGAUGUUGUUACAGUCUUCCAUGGAUCAAGAUCACCAUCUUUGAGCAUCAGGCUUUAUAUUGAACGAAUCUUUAAGUACUCAAAGUGCAGCAAUUCUUGCUUUGUUGUUGCGUAUAUAUACAUGGAAAGAUUUCUACAUCAGAUGGAUGCAUGUCUCACUUCUUUCAAUGUUCAUCGUCUUCUGAUCACCAGCAUCAUGGUAGCUGCAAAAUUUUUAGAUGAUGAGUGUUACAACAAUGCUUACUAUGCAAAAAUAGGAGGAGUAAGCACAGCAGAAAUGAACAGAAUGGAGAUGAAGUUGCUGUUUAAUUUGGAUUUUAGGGUUCAAGUAACAGUUGAAGGGUUUAGGAAUUAUUGUGUGAAACUAGAAAGGGAAUGUGGUGGAGAGUAUCAGAUUGAGAGGCCAAUCCUUGCCAGUGUUCCCAAAGGAGAGUGGCAAAACAGAAGUGAUACUCAAAAUACAUCCACCUUUGCUGCUUAUAGGCACAGGCCCAUCUAAUGGAAGAGCUAUAUCUUCUUGCUACAUGCGCUCAGAGUGAGAAAGAGAAGGAUAAAAUGGGUUGCAGUGGAAAAAUUAUUUCAUUGUACAAGCAAAUUGAGCUGUGAGCGAUUUGAUUUCUCACGAGCAAAUUCUCUCUCCCUCUGUGAUUCAACUUUAACGAUACUGGCAGUUUCAAACCAAUCAAAGGGAAUUAAAUUUCUUGAUUCCUAUAUAGAUUCCGGGUUCCUUUUCUAGUUUCUUCAUCAUCAUCACUGUAAUUAUUAUGCAUUAAACCUUGAAUGUUUCUAAAUUAAUAAAUUAAAUCAAAUUUAAAUUUACU